AUGGCUGGGUCCACACGCGCCAGAUAUGGAAGGGACGUGGAAAGCUACCUAGACGACCUGCCUCCUUCCACAAACAUAUAUACCUACGAAGGGAAAGAACAAUUUGAGGAAAUCGCAACAGUUGAAUUUGAGCGCCUAGAACACUCGUUACGCCAUCUCCAGUCUGAACCGCUUGAUAACUCUCUUGACAUAUCAGAAUACUUUGUUAUAAUCAUCGACACGCUAUCGUUCCGGAGGGACUUCUUCGGCCUCAAGCUAGACGUUGGCGUUCGUCAAUUCUAUAACCCGACACUUCACACAUUGAUUUUGAGAAUGACUUUGCUCGAGCAUUCUGAUAUUGCCAUGGCAUUUCACAAUAGAGUAGUGGCAGCUUUGGGGCCUAUGGGGCUCGAUGAAGCAAUCUUCACAUAUGGACGGGUAACCAUCAAUGUCGGCAGCGGAAACACGAAAGAGCCGGAUGGGGAUUGGGGCCACAGGCAGCGUCCUCGUGGUGUUCAUAACCGGCCCUCGGUAGUCCUGGAAGUUGGCCUUUCAGAGCCCGACACAAAAUUGCCCAACGACGCAAGAAUGUGGGUGGAUCCCACCGAGGGGAAAGCAAACAUGGCCAUCACCAUCAGAAUCCACCACCGGAAGCCCAUGGUCACAAUCCAGACGUGGGAAUGGGAUUCAAAUUCCCAACGGUCCUAUGUUACACAAUCAUGUGUGAUAGAGAAGACUGGCGACAAUACCACCGUCUCGCAGCACGCUCUUACCAUCCCAUUCACACUGCUCUUCCGACGACCUCCUUCCAAUCCUCAAGAGACUGAUAUCCGAUUACAAAAGGAGGACCUUGUAGAUCUGGGAACUAGGGUCUGGGAGAUACAAGAGUGGUGA